AUGGACGAGAUAAGUGCUGAUAUAUCAAAAAAAAUGAUUGCAAGUGCUCAAAAGAAAUUCGCAGAUGAGGAAAGAAUUGAUUUCAUAGAAUUGGAUAUUGAAGCAAUGGAAUUGCCCAAAAGUUUCCUUGGACGUUAUGAUAAUGCACUGUCCUUUUAUUGCCUACAUUGGAUUCAGAACCCAAGAUGUGCUUAUGAAAAUAUCUUCAAACUCUUGCGACCUGGGGGAAGAGUUAUCGUAACAUUUCUAACGUAUAACGACGGAUUUAAGGCUUAUUUGAAGACAAGUGAAAAUCCUGUAUAUAAAUCUUACAUGAAGGACGUACGAAAAUUCAUACCUCCUACUCAUACUUAUGCCAAUGUGAGAGCAGAAGUGAAGAAAAUGUUGGAAGAGACUGGCUUUGAAGUAAUACACUGCAGCAAUAGAGAGAAAACUUUUAUUUACGAAAACAUGGAAGUCCUAAAAGAUCAUGUUCGUGCAGUAAAUCCUUUUUUGCACCGAAUGCCUGAGAAGAUAGGAGAAGAAUAUCUGAAUGAUCUUGUGCUCGAAAUUGUUAGUCGUAAUAUUAUAUUCGUAAACAAAAAAAGUAACAACAAAGAGGAAGCUAGUAUAUUGGAUAAAUAUAAAGUCUUAGUAGCAUAUUUUAAGAAACCAUUAAAUAUUCAGAUGUAAAAAUACUUCAUGAAUUUGCCAAAUGGCAGGUAGUAAAAAA